UUCUUUGCUGAAAAUAAUAUAUAAUCAAUAUACCACAAAUUAUUCUAUCGCUCUACUUUUUUUAUUUAAAGAUGCUUUAUAAUUUGCUUUAAUUAAAAAUUUUUUUUAAGUAAAUACAUAAUUAAUAAAUAAUGUGUAUCUUAAACGCAAAUUUUCAAAUUUAUAUUUAUUAUGUCAUACUUAGAAAAAUUUCAAAUACCGUUAUUGGUCAAUGUUCAUUCUUUUGCCUUUUAUUUAUCUCUGCACCAAAAUUUUUUGUAUAAUAAAUCAAAUUUUCGACGUUUUUUUUUUACUUUAGUCGCUUAGUCAUGAGAAAAAAAUCGUACGGUACAAACACCAUAUUUAUGGGAAGGAAAAACCAGCAGGCGUGAUAUCUAACAGUACAUGACGUAACUUUUUACGUGACAUGGGACGAGCAAUAACGGGUUUCAUCCCUCAAUAGGCAGAUACUUUUUUGUUAAAAAGGCAUGCAAGCUAACGGUGGGGGAUAACUGCGAGAACUUAAGGUCUGUUUAUUGGACGGAUGAUUCGAGAGUGAGGGUAACCGCCCUACAACAGGACCAAAUGUUGGGACUUAUAGAAACUGUUAGUGUCAGUACGGUCUCAGUUCGAUUCGGUUAUCGCCUGAUAGACCUCGAGUUUUUUUUCUGUACAUGUCAGGAAUUUCGAAGCCGUUCUCGAUUCAGAUUGUUCAAUUGCUUGCCCAAGACAAUUCAAGUAUCUUCGCAUUAUUAUAAAUCAGCGAAGCCGGUCCAGCAUUUGAUCCGAUUGAUAUCGAGACUUUCUCUAAAGCUUUUGAUUUUUCGGAUCUAUUAGAACUAUCGUUUUAUUACGGACGUUAAACUAAUAAAAAACAGAACAUUCGAAUAAAAGAAAAUCUUUAGAAUAAGGCACAGUGGCACAUAGUAUCGUGGCUUUAAUACUAACUUUAGCAUUAAAUGGAUACUAUUUAUUAAAAGUGUGUAGUGUAAAAUAUGUAAGUGUCAAAUCUUUAUUUAAAGACAAGUAAUUUUUUCCAUGAAAAAAAUUGUACUUUGGAACAUCUAGAGGAGACGAAAUUACUAAUAAAUUUGACAAUUUCGAACGUGCAAUAGGACAAGAUCGUUAAAAUGAAAAGAUAUCACGAGGAUAAUGUACAAUUUUUGGGACCAAAUCAACAACAACAUGAACAGCAACAACAGACUGCUGCCGAGAAGCAACGAUGUCCCUUGCUUCCGCAAACCACGCCCGUUUGGGGUGAUAGAAACGUGAGCGUGCAAUCGGCGGAAGAAACUAAUAACAAUAUUGAUUUCUUGUUUGAUCAUUCGAUUCCAAGCACAUCCGAUUCAAAAUUCCCAACGUGUGAUACACCGAUCUCGAUGAAUGAUGUGAAUAGUCCGCCACCUGGAUCUAAUUCAACUGAAAAUAGCAUUCCAAUGAUGAAUAAUCAUCCCAGUGAUGCUGCACAGUUACCUAGAAUUUGUAAAUUAUGUCCUUGCGUUUCGACAACUAGAAAUGAGUACAUCAAUCACGUGAUCACACAUUGCACAAUCACAAGAAGUUCGCACGUUGAAAACGACUUUUUCAACGAACCCUCUGAUGAUGACAAAAAGACUGAAGUUUUCAGUAAUGAAUCACGAAGUAAGGGGAAGAAGAAAAAUAAAGUUUCAAAGCCGAAAACUUGCCCCAAGCAUACCUGCGGUUUUAUAGCGAAUACAAAAUUGGAUUUGUGGCAGCAUUUACGUGAACACUUCUUUGUGCAUGAAGAUUGUUCCGGCUUUGUUUGUCCUUAUUGUCGAUUCGCUACCUUCUUCAAGCAUCACAUGACAUUCCACUGGUUCAGUGCUCAUGAUGAUUUUAAGGCGUUCGCGUGUGAAGAGUGUUCGUAUGCGUGCGUGAGCAAAUCAAUGCUAACUAGUCACAAGAAAACGCAUUCGGCGGUUUAUCAGUACAAUUGCGGGACGUGUGUGUACAAGACCAAAUUUUGUAACGCGAUUAAAAGACAUUUGAAAGAGACUCUGCACACACCGGGCCCAGUGCUGAACCCGGAUGGGACACCGAAUCCGUUCGCCACUAUCGAUGUUUACGGUAGUAAACGCGGACCUAGAAGAAAGCCACACAUGGAACAGAAGAGGAAGCUAACAGAAGAUUCCGAAAUCGACAUGCCAUCAACUUCGGAAAUAACUUCCCCGAUUUCAUUGCCCCCCCCGUCAGUUCCGGUAUUAUCAGUUCCGAUUCCGAUUUCGUCGGCUCCCGCGAUUUCGUCGAUUGCGACCUCAAACUUACCGAAGUCGGAACUGAUACCGCUGCAAACUCGGAUGUUGUCGCCGAUACAAAGAUCGCCGAAUCAGAUGUCGUUAAUCCCAGUUUCUCAUUACGGAUCACCUCAUUCUAAUUCUCUAGACACAGCCAGUCUGGCUACAUGUAAUAGCACAAACUUUGUGGAUGAAUUAAAUCCGAAUGACCCGUAUAACAUAUUGUGUCAACUUGUGUACAAAGAAAUUCUAACAUGUCAGAUGGAUGCCGAGGAACGCGGGCGGAUGUUUCGUUUACUGGGAAAUGCCCAAAGAUUUUGUUCGAAUGGCCCAGGACAUAUUGAACACUUAACUAAAGCGGCUGCUGUCAACGGAGAUUUUUUUAACAAGACGGAAUUAUCUUCGUCCAGUGACGAAGAAUCCUCGACAUCCACAACACCGGUCUGGGAACCUCAGCCUCAAGUGUUGAACCAGCCAAACGAACCACUGGAUCUUAGUAUGUCUGCAAUGUCGAAAAUAGAAGAUCAGCCGCAGCUUCAGCAAUCAGUUGCGAGCUCCUCAAGACACAGGAAACGUAAGAGUAAAGCGACGAAGAUAGAAUAUCCCACGAUAAAUGAAUAUAUGAACAACAAUGAAACACAAACACAAAAUACAAAGGGAACUCACACGAAAUUUUUCCUUCCAGCUAGUGAGUUGCCGUUAGAAGCGGCAAGUCAGUUUAAUCUUGAAAGAAAUAUUAAAACUAAUGUGACACAUAAUGCAAAAAAAAGAAAGAAAUCAUUUAUUUGUUAUUAUUGUCAUAUUAUGUUUGAGAAUGAGAUUAUGUAUGCAAUACACAUGAGUUUUCAUAAUACUGAAGAUCCUCUCAUGUGUUCAAUAUGCUAUCAGCAAUCUACAAAUAUAGUUGCGUUCUUUUUACAUCUUAUUCAUAAAAAGCAUUAGUAACAAAUGCUAAAAGAGAUAGCAUGUAACAUAGAUUGCGCUGGAAGAGAAAGUAAUUGUUAAAAUAAAAUCUAGUCAAGACAAAUUCUAAGUAUAGAAUCAAAAUAUAGAUCUCAUUAUUAAUAAAAAUAAAAAAAUUAGGAGCAUAGGAAUCAUGUCGAUGAAAUAAUCCUUAUUUAAAAUAUUUCUCAAAUCACACUGUACUAUUGCUCUAAUUUCGGCGUCAUUAGUCGGCAAUUGUGACGGACAGGUAUUGAAACCACUAAAAAGGAACAAUUUACUACGAAUGUAAAUCGUAAAUUUAUUGUUUAUGUAACAAUAAAUAAAGAUAAUAUUUAUAAAAAUACAUAUGUAUAUAUUCUAAAAUAUUUACUGAACUUUUGAGUUGAUAACUGGUUUCAAGCCUGGCAAUGACAACGAAAGAAAAUAUAAUGGAGCUGGUAUCCCUUUCUUUUGUUAAUACUUUUUUAUAAAAUGUAAAAAUUUCGUAAAAAUUUGUACUAUACAGUUUUCUAAAGCAUUCAAAACUGUUACACUCUUGUAAAAUUGUAUUAUUUAGUUUUCAUAAUUAUUUGACUAUUAAGAUUAUUUCAAUAAUAAAACUAUCAUUUUUUUCUGGGAUUGUGAAACUUUUCUAACGGUCUCUGUUCUGUAAACUUUUUGCGAAAUUUCUUCUCGUAUCUUACGCAAUAUGCGUAAUUGUAUACGUUCAGGUAAUAAAGAAAAGUGUAAUCACACAAAACUAUAGUUUGUUAUUACUCGGGAAAAAAUCUUCAUAUCAAAAUAGAUUAAAUUAUAGCAGAAAGAUUAAAUUAUGGAUUAAUGAAUAUCAGAGCAGUUCUAAUUUUACAAACCAAUUGAUAAAAUUAGAUCUGUUAUGAUAUAAUUUAAUCUAUAAUUUUGUCCUUGAUAUAAAGAUUUUUUCCCGGGUAAUCAGAAUCGAGUUUAUUUCUCCCGGUCUUAAACAAUGUUACAAUAUUUCUUCUCCGUCUUUAUUUUUUUAGGUUUUUUACUGUUUUUUUACUUUCUCGCAUGAUCACAACUCUUUCUAUGACCGUAUUGUACACUGCCACAUUAUGUAUAUCAUAAAUUUUCAAUACUAGCAAUGUAUAUCGGGACACGACCUAUUUCUUCAGAAUAAUAUCGAUUGUUAAAAUAAGAACAUGUAAGUUAUUUAGAAAUAUUUUGACUUCUCUGAAUAGAAAAAUGAAAAAAACUUUUUAGACAUCUAAGAAUAGAAAUUAAAAUUUUAGAAAAUCAAUUUUUUCAUUAAACACACAGAUCAGUUUUAUCAUUUUACACUACAAAUAAAUAAGUUACGUUGUAUCUUGUAAGACACAUUAAUGUCUUACAUUUUAUUUGUAUCUAUUGUGCUACGUUUAAUAUUUAUUGAAAAAACUCAAAAAUUCUAAUUCCUAUUUUUAAUAUGUAAUAUUUUUCUUAUGUUGUGCAAAACUUAAUAUUAUAUUUUUGUAUCUCUUUUGAUGGUUCAAGAUAGAUAUAUACGUAUAGUGAUGCAAUUUAUUUUAAUAAUUAAUUUCAUGUUUUUGUUAAACUUAUCGAUAUUAUGUAUAAAUUUUUUUUCUACGUAUGUAAAUCUUAUGCCAGAGAAAUGAAUAUGGUAUAAGUACAAAGUUAUUAUCGUAUACAUUUUUUCUUGUUUAGAUCAAUUUUUUGCGUUUUGAAUUGUUUGGACUCAGUAAAGAAAUAUUACUGCGAUAAUGCUGAUUUAUAAAAUGCCGUAGAGAAAUUAUAUAAUAUUUUUUAUGAAGUUUAUUAGACUGAGUCAUGAAGAGUUUUGAAGAAUAUAAUCUAAUUAUAUAUAAAUUAAUCAUAUAUAUAAAUACAGUUAUGGAAUAUACAUAAGGUAUAUAGAUUAUAAUAAAAUAUAUUUGUGUACCGUAAAAUUUCAAAUUUAUUGACAAUUCUUUAUAUAAUAGCUAUCGCACGGCAAUGUGCAAAUCAGAUAAACUCAAGUAUUGAUUAGAUUAUAUCUAUAUUAAAUAUAAUGUGUUCAGUACAUUGCGCCAUAUUUUAUUUAAAUAUCUUGCGAUAUGUCGAAAUACAAAGAGAAAUGUGUUCCAUUUGUUAAGGAACAUAUAAAAAUUUUUGUAUAAACGAAAUAUAUAUUAAACAUAUAACUGCUUUAAACAUAUCGACGAACCUGAGCUCCUUGAAAAAGUUUUAAUAUAAUAUCGAGAGAUUAAAUUAGAUUACAUGCUAAUGAUAUUUAUUGUAUAUAUUAUCUAGUAAAAUGAUUCAUUGGUAUUUGAUUUAUUUUCAACAUGUGUAAUGUAAAAAUAGGUAUACAAUGUUAAGAGGAACCCAUGGCAUGUAACGCACUGAUUCUUUUUUUACUUUGCAAGCAAAGAAUAAUCUAACAGUGCAGAUACAUAUGCUAGCAAAUGCGUAAAAAAGAAUUAGAACAAUAUUUUGCUGGAAAAUUUUAACAAAAUAUAGUUUAUUAUACUAAUUACUGCCUUUUCAUGUCACGGGCUGUCUUUAUGAGUGAACAAUAGAAUCAAAUGCCAAAAAUUUGUCAAAUUAAGUUGAAGCAAAUGUAUGUCAAAUUUUCAAACGGUUCACAUAAAUCUGAUCAGAUCUUUAAACAUUAACAAAUAUUUUUUGAGUUUUUAAGGAUUUUUCUCAAUUUAAAAUUUAUACAGUUUGUUUGCUUGGUCAAUGUAUAUCAUUUUGAUACAAAUUUUUUAUGAGUUAGUUUUAAAAUUAAACUAGGUUCUUAGCACCUUGGUUUAUUAUAUAUCUACGACAUUAAUAAUAACCAAUUAUACUGAUGGUAUAAUAUUGAUUAAUGUCAUAUUGAUAUAAAAUAUAGACUUAGAAAUGUUUAAGCAGUUAUAUGUACAUUAAUUAAACAACAAAGAACUGAUCCGAUUAUGCAAAUUAUUGUUGUUUAAAAAUUAAAAUCUUUGACAUGAUAAUUGACAUCUUCAAAAAUUGUAGUCGUAAAUCAAUAAAUUCUAACACAU